GAAAAGUAAAAUUUAAAAAUUUACAUUUUUGUGAUGGCCUGCUUCGACGGCCUGCUCCUUAUUGUUUUUCUUAUAGGCGCGAAUGGUGACUGCGGCUGCAACAAGCUGGACCGGGCGGCGUCUGUCGUGGAGAAGUCGGAUAAAGUGUGCAAGCAGCAGGCACGCAACACGAACGGGCACUAUCGCGAUUACUAUGCUGAGUUGGAGCCCGAGAUCGAGGGCAUGUCCCUGAUCCCCGGUGGAAGCGUACACAUUGGAACCGACAAUCCGCACUUCCAGGCUGACCGGGAGUCGCCCGAGCGAUUGGUGAAGCUGAAGGACUUCUACUUGGACAAGCACGAAGUGUCCAAUACAAAGUUUGAGGAGUUUGUGUCGGCCACCAACUACACGACGGAGGCGGAACGGUUUGGCGAUAGCUUCUUGUUCAAGACUUUGCUCGGUGCGCCAGAGCAGAAGCGACUCGAAAACUACCGCGUGGCCAGUGCUCCCUGGUGGUACAAGGUCAGUGGAGUGAGCUGGCGAAAUCCCAACGGCGUCGACACCAACCUGAAUGGUCUCGAGCAGCAUCCCGUGGUGCAUGUGUCCUGGCGCGAUGCUGUUGCCUACUGCACUUGGGCCGGCAAGCGUCUGCCCAGCGAAGCAGAAUGGGAGACGGGGUGCCGUGGGGGCAAGCAACGCAAACUCUUUCCGUGGGGCAACAAGCUGAUGCCCAAGGAGCAGCACUGGCUUAACAUCUGGCAGGGUGACUUUCCCGAUGGCAACACAGCUGACGAUGGAUACGAGACCACCUGCCCCGUGGAUAGAUUCCGUCAGAAUGUGUACGACCUCUACAACAUGGUGGGCAAUGUCUGGGAAUGGACUGCGGACUUGUGGGACACGAACGACGUCAGCGUGAGUCCGAAUCGUGUGAAGAAGGGCGGCUCCUACUUGUGCCACAAGUCCUACUGCUUCCGCUACCGCUGUGCGGCUCGUUCGCAAAACACCGAGGACAGCUCGGCCGGAAAUCUGGGCUUUCGAUGUGCCAAGGAUGCGUGAAACAGCAUGGCUUGUGCGUUGGUCUUCGUUCUUUGGAUUAUUUGUACGUUUGUGAGAUAGCAAACUGAAAUUAUACUCACAUUGGUGACUCUUAAACUA